AUGGAUCCCCAACAAUCUCAGACAGGUUGUGUUGUUCUUGAUUCAUUGCCUCCUGAGAAUGAAGAAUCAUAUGCAAAAGGAUGGUACAGUGGUUUUACAGAUGCAGAAUCCUCGCAGGUUUCGGAUGUGGAAGCUAUCCGCGACAAGGCUACAGGUCAUGCUGCGGCAGAUGAACGUCAGGAUGACAGUGCGGAAUUCUCAGUAUUCGUUGGAAAUUUGGCUGCUGAAGUUACAGAUUAUGUAUUAGAAGAGACAUUUAAGGUUUACUAUCCCUCUGUUAAGGGUGCAAGAGUUGUUACAGAUAGAACCAGUGGACUUUCAAAGGACUAUGGGUUUGUUAGAUUUGCUGAUAAAGACGAACAGAUGAGGUCACUGACUGAACUGAAUGGUCAAUAUUGUUUAACAAGACCCAUGCGUAUUGGCUCUAUUGGGCGUACUAGUACGCAAAAAGCCACUUUCCAGAGUUUUCUGGGAACUCAGAAUGAUGAUGAUCCAAAUAAGUCAACUGUGGGUAACUUAGAACGUUCUGAACAACACCGGGUAUUUGUUGAUGGUUUGGACUCUAAUAUCACUGAGGAAAACUUGAGACAAAUUUUUGGCCAAUUUGGAGAGGUAUCCGAUGUGAAAAUACAUGAAGGAAAACACUGUGGGACUGUUCAGUUCGAUAAUAGGGCUUGUGCAGUGGAGGCUAUGGGGACGCUAAAUGGAAUUCAAUUGGGUGGUUCGAACAUUCGACUUGCAUGGGCCCCUAGUCCUUCAAAUAAACAGGAUCCAUUUGCUGGUAUGGUUCAGCAGCAUUUAGAUUCAAACCAGCGGCGAGCUGGUAAUAUGUACGGAUACACUGCUGGUUAUGAGGCCUAUGGAUAUGCUCAAGAUCCUAACAUGUUUUCUUACCAAGGCUAUCCUGGAUAUGGUUACUAUCAACAGCACCAGCAGCAGUGAUCUGAUCAGAUAGCCGGAAUCAAUGUGGUGGGCAGAUAAAAGCUAU